AUGCCAGGCGUUAUCGCAAAGCCCGAAUCUGGCUUCCAGAACAUCAUCGUGAAGAAGCUCCACCCAACCUUUGCGGCACAAAUCAGUGGCGUGGACUUUUCACAAUCUCUGUCGGACGAGACCUUCGAUGAAGUCCUCCGUGCGGUGACCAAAUACGGGGUGGUUGUCUUCCGCAACACCAACCUGACUGACGAGACGCACCUAGCAUUCGCCCGUCGGUUCGGAGAGCUCGACGAUGUCAAACCGUACAUCUCGGCCGGUCGCAAGAACAGACUGAGAUAUGACGAGCUUUUUGACGUUAGCAAUGUGGAGGUAGACGGCACGAUUCUCGACCCGGGGAGCCCAAGAGGCCAAGCGAACAAGGGCAACGAUCUGUUCCACGUCGACUCGAGCUUCAACCCCCGGCGGGCCGGGUAUUCGUUGUUGCUGGCCCACGAGCUCCCGCCGCCAGGGAUGGGCGGACACACCGCCUUCGCGGACACCAGGACGGCCUACGACGAUCUUCCCGAGGACUUGAAGGAAACACUGCACCAAAACAACUACGUGGCGGCGCACUCGACGCACCACUCCCGCAAGCUGGCGGCGCCGGACUUCUUCAGAGACCUGGAUCCCCUCGACUACCCAAUGGGUCGGCAUUACCUGGUGCAGCAGCACGAGAGCUCCGGCCGCAUGAACCUGUACAUCGCAUCGCACGUCCACCAUCUGGAAGGGCUGGAGCCGGACGAAUCCACAGAGUUGUUCGACCGGCUUUACAAGCACGCCACCCAGCCCGAGUACACGGUCGAGAUCGAAUGGCAGACGCCGGGGGACUUGGUCGUUUGGGACAAUACGUGCACCAUGCACCGGGCUGUGGGUGGACCGUUUCUCCGCAAAUACCGUCGCGACAUGAGGCGUGCCACCGUGCACGAUUCCAGCUCCCAGGCGUGGGGGCUCAACGAGCAUUCCGAUGUCCGGAGGCGGGUCCUAUACAUAUUGAGGACGUUUUAG